CUAGCAGCCACGGGAAAGUGCACCUCAUCAAAGAAAGUAAACAUCACCACCUUCCCCGCAAGGAAUCGCUAUUUUAUACUUUUCACGCGUUUUCAACCUUAAAUGCGACUUUCAUUGCUAGCCACUAUCAUUCUCAUAUAUCAUCACAUUUGAAACUCGAGCGAUUGAUAGUUUUCCCGAAGUCCCACUGCCGUAGACGGCGCUUCCCCGUUGCUAUGCCUACGAAAGCACAGUCGCAGCGGCGCAUAACGCAGUCGCAAAAUGAACAGGUCUACGAUGUCGGUGUAGUUGGAAGAAAAACGGGCCUUACAUUAGCAGAGCGCGAGCGCGACGCACAUGGCUUCGAAGCUGUCGACUCCCUUUUUUCUUCGCCCGAAAAGGAUGUUAACAAUGUCAGCGUUAAUGGCGCUAAUGGAAGGCAUAACGCUGAAUCUGACGAGGAGCAAGAAAUGGAAAUAGACGAUGAAUCUCAAAUGGGACCAGCUACUAUCAUGAAACAGCGACAGUCUCGUCCAUCACUGCCGCGCGCUCGAUCCCCUAUCAAAACACAUCUACAGUCACCAGCGCGCCAAAAUCCGCAUCUCGGUAUUACUUCAUCACCUGCUCGCGGUUCCAUUAUACCCGCGCGCGAACCUAAUCCUCCUAAAUCUGUAAAUCGCAAGCUAGAUUUCUCCAAACGCUCUUCAAAUAAGACAGCCCUUCCACAACCGAGAGUGAACGGACCGAAACCUAGGAACGGGAAGCUCACUAACGGCCAUGCUCAUGCCAACGAUUUCGAUGAUGACGAUGAGGUUAUUCCACGAGGCAGACGAAACCAGCCACAGGAAGAAGAUAUCGAAGAAGAAGAAGAAGAAGAACCGGAGGAACCAAUGGACGUGCUUGAUGCUGGCGGUGACGAGGUAGAAGACGUAACCGAGGAACAAGACGAACCCCUUUUAGAGCUCGAACCAGAAAUUGAGGAAGAAGAGGAAGAGCCUAUCCCGCAACCAAAAUCCCCCGAACAGCCUAAAAAACGCAGAGGUCGUAAGCCAAAAUCACCCGUUGUCCAAGAAGAAGAGGGAGAGCCAUCAGUCCCAAAAGCACCACCUGCACGAACUGAAGAAGUCAAUGAUGUACCCGCCAAAAAGAAGCAACGAGGACGGCCCGCGAAGGCUUCAUCACCUGUCGAAGAACACGAGCCUCCAAAGAAGACCCAAAAGCGUAGGUCAGGAAGGCAAUCCGAAAGUAGUGUUGAGGAGGAACAGGAGCACGAGGUGGAGGUGGAGGACAAUGCCAACGAAAGAAAGACAAAGCGCCAACGAAUUGUGGAAAAGGAGAGCAAGGUUUCUUCGUCGAAGCCAACUGCGACAAAGGAAAAGGGUAAGCCCGGUCGAAAGCGAAAGUCUUCUGGAAUUGGCGUCGAGGAGCCUGUCGUGCAGCGCGGUCCUCCCCUCCCCAAAGGUCGCGGCCUGGUCGCUCUACGCCGGGAAGACGAAGACAACAUGCGGACUACACGGUCGGGCCGGCUUUCAUACCAGCCCCUAAAAUGGUGGAAGGGGGAGCAUACCGUGCGAGAGGGCGUAGAUGUGUUCGAAGACAAAGGUCAAAAGUUCGUAAUGCCCGUCGUCAAUGGUGUCGUGCGGACCGAAGAAACCGAAGACUUACCGACGAAGAAACGCCGCGGCCGCCCCUCGAAACAACGCGGUAGACCCGGGCGCCGCGUAUCCGCGAUACCCGAGGAAGAGGAGGUGGAGCGCGACGACUGGGAGUACGACCCGGGCCGCAUCGCGGGCGAGUGCCUUUACUGGAGGCCCGAGUACGAGACGGAGCCCGCGGACGAGGACCAGCUCGAAGUCGCGGAAGAAGAACUAGCGAUCUCCGAAGCGGCCAUCCAGCUCAAGGAUAUCAAGGACGCGACGUUCCGGUUCGCCAAGACGCUUACGCUCCCGUUCUUCGGGUCGGGAAUCGUGGAUAUGCCGCCCGGCUCGGAGAAGCGCACUAAGAACUCGAGGAAGAUGCAGAUGGUAUUUUUUGUGCAUAAGGGGACUGUCGAUGUUACAGUGGCGCAGACGGAGUUUAGGAUUGGCAUGGGAGGGAUGUGGUUUGUGCCCAGAGGAAAUCACUACAGCAUCGCGAAUAACACCGACAGGCCCGCACGCAUCUUCUUCGCGCAGGGCUGCGAGGUCUUCGUCCAGGGCGAGGGCGGAGAUGUCGAGGAGACGCAGAUAGGCUAAUCUGCCUAGCCUUGCUUAAUAUUUAACUCGCUUUCAGGCUAGGUAGGUAUGUAGGUUAUUACGAAUUAGGAGAUAGAAAGGACGGGCUGGUCGGAGAGGGCUGGCUUCAAGUGCGCGGUCUUUCGGGGACAUUUCAUCGCAUCGUUGUUACUGUCGUCGUCGCUGUCGUCGUCAUUACUACUACAUACUCUGUUUCCGCCUAUCACAUACUCGCUACAUACAUAUGUACUCUCCCUCCCUCCGCGGCAUUACGGCGUUGUUAGGUCCUGUACGUGUGUGGGCAUUGAUUGCAUUUCUUACGUUCGUGGCGUUUUCCUGCAAUGGUAGGAGGCGAGGUUGUUGGCAAUGAGCUCCCUAGCCUAGUCAUUAGAAGAGUCCGGGUCGUUAUGGACUCGGAUGCUGCUGCUGCUGCUGCUGCUGCGUCUGUGAUACCAAAUCAAAAGUUUCUUUUUUUAUAUAA